CUAGAUGGUCAUCGCUGGAGUGACGUUCGGUGCCGUAGCAUCUUCGCGGCAUCGCUCACUGGAAACGCGGUUGACAGGUAUUCGGAGCUGCGCAUGAUGCAUUCUGACCUCACCUUGUUGCGCGCUGGCUCUCGGCUAAUCGAAAAGUACAAGUCCAAGUUGCCCGAGCAAGAGCUCAUGAGCCGGAUUAUGCUGGAGCCCAAGCGUCGGCAUGAACCGUGCCAAGAGUAUGCCCAGCGCUUGCUAAACAUGGCUGACUCCCUCCCUGGAGGCUUGGCUGUGGAAGCGAACGCGCGGCAGGCGAUCCACUCGUUCAUCAAGUGA